GUCGUGUACGCGCGACAGACCCAUGGGUCAGCGGGAUGCCGUCCCGCGGUUGAACUCCAAGUCCAGCGCGCGGUCUGCCCUGGAGCCUGUGCCUGAAGGGGCAGUGGCGCCCUCACAGGGAGUUCCCUCGCUGGAGCUUGUUCCUAACUUGGCUAGCGCCGCACCCGGUUCCGGAGCCAGCGGCUGCCCUUCCAACCCCUUCACUGCCAUUUCCACCACCACCAACAACAACAACAACAACAACUCUGGGACGACUGCACAAGCGGCUCCAGGCAGCACUUGCACACCCCCUGAUGACGCAGCAGACCUGCCGCUGCUGCAGGCCCCAGUG